UUUGCGUUCUUCAAUUAGCUGCAUCAAGUUUCGAUUACAGAGGCAGGGCUUCGCUACAAGAUGUGAAGUCGUUCUUCGACCAUGAUCACCAUAUAGUGAUGCUGCACCGAAGUUACAAUCGCUAUAUUUCCGGCAACCAACCAGAAUGCAUUUACUAUAAGCGUAGUUCUGUAUUAGGCGAUGUUAUUCAGAUUAUUCAAUCUUUUGUCUAUGGAUCGUCCAUGGACCUUCUCAACAUUCGUAUUAAAAUAUCAAAGGGACAGUAUCUCGAGGAUGCACCAGUCCUGGAGGCGACUACAAAUAGGAGUGGUCGAAAAAAAAGGAUUUAUCAUUUCCAAUUCUACGAUGCCGACGACAAGUGCGCUGUACUGACCUUUGAUGACGGACCAGGAACAACAAAAUGUGAGUUGUACGUGUGGAAAUCCCAUAUCGCGGCUGGCAAUAAUUACACUAAUUGCAAGAUGGAGUAUGAGUACUUGUGUGACAAGCGAAACCAGUACAAGGUGUAUAACGCAAGCUGCGUUUACAACAAUUAAUAAAAAAAUACAUCUUUGCUCUU